GGUAAUAGGAUGCACAUGACGUGGUUGGCCAGAGCUCCACAAACGGAAUAAGCUUUCCAGCUGCAUAUCCAUACCUUGGGUAUUCUUCAUAAGACCCUCGAACCUCAGCCUGACUAGGUACCUAUCUAACACAUGCUCAAAUUCUAGACUUUGGUCUGUCUUUGGUUUCAUCUCGUGCACUAUGAGGUCUCUAUGGACAGAUUUUAAUAAUAAUUUGCAUCUUCGAAACCCCCCUGUAGGCUAGCCGGAACUUCUUUUCUGGCACUGCUCAAUAUUUGUCAGAUUCGCUUGACAUCAUGUCAACUCGAAAAUCUCGCAGAUCGGUAUCUGGCGUGAAAUUAGAAGCCUAUUCCGACAAUGAAGGGCCCAUAAUUGCAGCUGCGGAGACUUCUGAGCAGAAAGAGACAAGAAGGCUCGCCACUCUCUACGAUGCCGUUGCAGGUCGCGUGAAGACCACCGAGUCUCUAAAACGAUCUCAGAAUAGGCGGAACCACGCCCAGGAUUCAGAACGCGACGCGGCGCACUUCUCGCGACGGGAAGCACGCCUUGCGCCGGAGGAAGUUCUCUUCCGCCGCAAGAAGGCGCCAGAGCGCUUUGCCGAGAAGGACAUCUACUUUGCCAACGAGGGGCUGCCGGACGACGGGAGGGGGGCCCUCCCCGACAGUGACCUGCUGAAGUCGGUUCACGCCUACGCCGGCCGGUUUUACGAGGCCCUGGGCCGGAGGCGGGGGUCGGACUCCUUUGUGGGCUCGAGGUUGGUCGAUGAAAGGAGCAUGGACGAGACCGCGCUCUUGGCCAUGGGAGUGCUGCUAGAGGAGGCGGCGAGAGAGACGCUUGGGAAGAGUGGCGAUCUCGUGUUUACUGAGGGCGUGGACGAUUCCCGAGCAGGCCAGAGCGGGGCUGGGAAGGAGGAGGACGCGCCUGAGGAGAUCACUGUUGGGUAUAAGAGUGAGGACGACUUUUGGAGACGGAGGUACCCAAAGAGGCUGAAAGUCGCUCCACCGGAGGACGAUGACGAGGAAGCCCUUCGAUCGCUUUCUUUGGGGCAAUCACGAUAACCAUCAGGGCAUGUCACAGGUUUGGAGACUAUCGACGGAUGAUGUGACGAAACGAGGGCAUUGACUGCUUUAGGGUCAUAGGAUCAGGAUAGACGGAGUUGUGACUUGUCAUUUGCCAUACUUUUUUCUUUUCUUUUCUUUUCAUGCGAUUACGGCACAUUUUCAUGCGGCUAUUGCGCAACACAAACCUCUCUCUCAAUUCAGGCCAGACGAACUUGAGACUGAAGAGUUGCUCCAGGCACACUCUCCGAGUUCAAUUAAGAGAUCAUUGAAAGAAAUAUCAUUUAUGAUCAAAAGUCAGAGUGUUUUGAAGUCGCUGGGGUUGAGCCAACCCCCACGUCUGAACGUUUGGUUUGGCGACCCUGCAGAAUGCAACCUUCCCACUCCCUCCCGCACGCCACACCAGUGUGGC